AUGGCCACCUACACCACCAUGGAAGGUCCUCAGCAUAUUGCUAUUCGAGAGCUUGAUCUGAGGGCCUGCCACCCAAGCACGGUUGUCGAUAGAGUUGGUGCUGUUCCAGUUUUGAAGACAAGUGCUGGGCCUUGUCCUGGUGUAAGAGCCCCCUGUCGCCCGGUUACUAUGGCCACCACCAAAGACUACCCUGGUCACAACCUUGAGCACACGACAGUUCGUAUAGGCCUGACUUGA